GACUGUUUAGAGGUACCAUGUGGUACGGAAUGGCAAAAAAGACAAGCAAAAUGGCCUCUAAUUUAUAGUUUAAAGUGUAAGAGAAUGGUAGUUUUUUGAGGAAAUGCCGCAAGAAUAAUUGCUUUUGCUUAUCUUCCUCCGGACAUAAGCAUGUGACCCAUCUCCCAAAUAAUGGAGCCCCAUCUCUGGCAACCCAAAACCUGCCUCUUCCAUACCAACUCAACAAUGGCCAUAAAGUAAAGCUGUGUGUGUGAGAGAGAGAGAGAGGGAAAAAAACACAGUGAAUCAAUGAAAACUUUGCAUUUCAGUUACAUUUACGGGAAUUUGUAUUGUAUUACGUGCGUGCGUUUCAAUGGUGUCAGAUCUUUUGGCUCUUUGGUGAAGAAGAUAUGAUCUACCAGUUAGCUGAGGCUGUUGGUUGGAGAUAAAGGUUGAUUCCAAUUUCUUAGAGGAAUUUGCAGUUGGGUUUCUAUGGCUCUUGAUUUCUGAUGCGCCUAUUAGUUUUGUUAAGAGCAUAUAUGACAAGAUUUCGUUUAUUGGGGAAGAUGGGGAAGUUUCAAAUCCGGAAAUUCUUGGUUCCAUUACUACUUGUGAUAAUUUCUGAGUAUCUACAAACUGGAGAUGCCAACUUCAAUUCCCUUUUCAUUAACUGUGGAUCAAGUUCAAAUGAAACUGCUGAUGGACGGAAAUGGAUUGGUGAUCUGACUUCAGAAGGGAACUUUUCUGUGGGCAGUCUUGGUGCUAAUAUCAAUGCCUCCACAACCACUUUAAAUGGCGAUUCAGUCUUUGAGCCGCUGUAUAAAACUGCUCGGAUAUUUACUAAUUCCCUGAACUAUACUUUUAAAGGUGUUUGGGGUAAUCAUGUUGUUCGGCUUCAUUUCUGCCCCUUUCCUUUUGAGAAUCGCAAUGUGAACGAGUCAUCAUUUUCUGUCUCAGCAAAUGGUCUUCGAUUAGUUUCAGAGUUCAGCGUUCCCAAUGAGAUUGCAUAUAAGAAUAUGGAGUUUCAGCGUUCUGGGGUCAAUUCAAGUUCAUUCUCUUUGAUUAAAGAGUUCAUUAUUUCCGUCAAUUCAGAAGCAUUUGUUAUUGAGUUCUCCCCUUCUGAGGGAUCAUUUGGGUUUAUCAAUGCUAUUGAAAUCGUUCCCCUGGUGGAUGAGCUUUUUGGAGGUUCCAUUGAUAAGGUGGGUGGAAGUGCUGUUAGUUUGAAUGUGAGUGAAAGGGGAACUGAAACUAUGUACAGAUUGAAUGUUGGAGGGCCUGUGAUCAAGCCCACUCAAGAUUCAAAUCUUUGGAGAAUGUGGGAAGUGGACUCGAGUUAUAUGAUUACAGCAAAUGCUGGGUCUGAGAUACAUAACAGUUCUAAUGUAACAUAUGCUUCCACGAAUGACCCCAUUGUAGCUCCUCUUCCUGUGUAUGAAACAGCCAGAACGAUGUCGGAGACUGAAGUGCUCGAGAAAAGGUUCAACAUGUCGUGGAAAUUUGAGGUUCAUCCCGGUUUUGAGUAUUUGAUUAGAUUGCAUUUCUGUGAGCUGCUGUUUGAGAAGGCAAGAGAGAGGGUCUUCAAGAUUUACAUAAACAACAGGACUGCGGUUGAGAAUUUUGAUGUGUUUGUACGAGCGGGGGGAAUGAACAGAGCAUAUCAUGUGGAUUUCCUUGAACCAAUAUCGUCCAAAAUCAACACCCUUUGGAUUCAAUUAGGCCCUGAUACGGCUGCAGGUGCUGCAGGAACAGAUGCUCUCUUGAAUGGUCUGGAAAUCUUCAAGCUGAGUCAAAAUGGGAAUCUUGCGUACAUUGACAGGUUUAAUGCCUUGGAGGAAUCAACGGGAAACUCAAAAUCUCAAAUUCUCUGGAUAGGCAUUGGAGCAGGUUUAGCAUCUGUUGUUUUUCUUGCUGUUAUUACCAUUCUCAUCAUCUAUUUCUGCAGAAUCCGGAGAAGGAAUUUCACUAAGAAGAACUCUUCUAGGUGGAGAGCAGGAUCCAGUCAUGGGGCCACUGUCACCAACACUUACGCCAGAGGGUCUUUGGGGGGAGGCCAAAGUGUAUUUGGGACCUUGCCAUCUGUCAGAGUUGGCAAAUGGUUUACAUUAGCGGAGAUUCUUGCAGCGACAGAUAACUUUGAUGAAGCUCUGAUGAUCGGAGUUGGCGGUUUUGGUAAGGUCUACAGAGGGGAGAUUGAUGAUGGUACUCUUGUGGCAAUCAAGAGAUCAAACCCACAGUCUCAGCAGGGACUUGCCGAGUUCGAGACCGAAAUCGAAAUGCUUUCUAAACUUAGACAUAGACAUCUGGUCUCCAUGAUCGGCUUUUGCGACGAGCAAAAGGAAAUGAUCUUGGUUUAUGAAUAUAUGGCGAAUGGCACUCUUAGAAGCCAUCUCUUUGGGAGUAAUCUCCCGCCCUUGACAUGGAAGCAGCGGUUGGAAGUGUGCAUUGGUGCAGCCAGGGGACUCCAUUACCUUCACACAGGAGCUGAGAGAGGAAUAAUUCACAGAGAUGUGAAGACGACCAACAUACUCUUGGAUGAAAACUUUGUUGCAAAAAUGUCUGAUUUUGGUCUUUCAAAAACAGGUCCUGCUUUGGAUCAUACCCAUGUUAGUACUGCAGUUAAAGGCAGCUUCGGCUACCUCGAUCCGGAGUAUUUCAGGCGCCAGCAGCUGAGUGAAAAAUCUGAUGUCUAUUCUUUUGGCGUGGUAUUGUUAGAAGUUGUUUGUGCACGAGCUGUCAUAAACCCAAGUUUGCCUAAGGAUCAGAUAAAUCUUGCGGAAUGGGCAAUGAAAUGGCAACGCAAGAAGUUGCUGCACACCAUCAUAGACCCACAUCUCAAAGACAAAUAUUGUCCAGAGUCUCUGAAAACAUUUGGGGAGAUAGCAGAAAAAUGCCUUGCUGAUGAAGGGAAGAUUCGUCCAACAAUGGGGGAAGUUCUAUGGCACCUAGAAUAUUCUCUGCAACUCCAUGAUGCUUGGAUCCGCACUAAUGAUGCACAAAAUUCUUGCACAGUAAACUUAGAAGCACAGGCUGAGGAACAGAGGCUAAAGCUUGAUGAAGAAGAGGAAAGCUCCAACAUGAAAGCUUCAACUCCAACUGAUCAGUUAUCCUAAUAGAUUUGGUUACAUAAUUUGUAAGGCCAACUGCCUUCUGCCUAUAUUCAAUUAAAUUUUUUUUUUGUUAUAUUCUUUUUUGAAUUUGUUCUUCCACUAUAGAAGUAUGAACCUUAGAUUUUCCUGUUGCCUUCUAGUUCUAUACUAAUGGCUGCAUUACUGUAUUGCUCAAAAUGUAAUUGGUUAUACACGAUAGGGUUCUUUGCUUUUGUUCA